AUGGACAUCCUGCACCGUACUGAGUAUAAAGGCUGGGCCCUUUCUUUCUUGGGUGGGUGUCUGAGCUGUGUGUUUUGCUCACCUGUGCCCACAGGCUUGGGCCAGCUGCUGGUCUGGGAGUGGCAGAGUGAGUCCUACGUGCUGAAGCAGCAGGGUCACUUCAACAGCAUGGUGUCACUGGCCUAUUCUCCUGAUGGGCAGUACAUUGUCACUGGAGGGGACGACGGCAAGGUCAAGGUGUGGAACACGCUCAGUGGCUUCUGCUUCAUCACUUUCACAGAGCACUCCAGUGGUGUCACUGGCGUGACAUUUACUGCCACUGGCCAUGUCAUCGUGACCUCAUCCAUGGAUGGCACUGUGCGAGCCUUUGACCUUCACAGGUACCGAAACUUUCGCACCUUCACAUCUCCCCGCCCCACCCAGUUCUCCUGCGUGGCUGUUGACUCAAGCGGGGAGAUUGUCUCUGCAGGAGCCCAGGACUCCUUCGAGAUCUUUGUGUGGUCCAUGCAGACAGGCAGGCUCCUUGAUGUUUUGUCUGGCCAUGAGGGACCUAUUAGUGGUUUGUGUUUUAACCCAAUGAAGUCCAUACUGGCCAGUGCCUCCUGGGACAAGACGGUGCGCUUGUGGGACAUGUUCGACAGCUGGCGAACCAAAGAGACGCUGGCCUUGACCUCUGAUGCUCUGGCUGUGACUUUUCGGCCUGAUGGUGCAGAGUUGGCUGUGGCUACGUUAAACUCACAGAUCACCUUCUGGGACCCUGAGAAUGCUCUGCAGACCGGCUCCAUCGAGGGCAGACACGACCUCAAGACAGGCAGGAAGGAGCUGGACAAGAUCACGGCCAAACACUCAGCCAAGGGCAAGGCCUUCACCACACUGUGCUACUCUGCGGAUGGCCAGAACAUCCUGGCAGGGGGCAUGUCCAAGUUUGUGUGCCUGUACCACGUCCGGGAGCAGAUCCUGGUGAAGAGGUUUGAGCUUUCCUGCAACCUCUCUCUGGAUGCUAUGGAGGAAUUUCUGAACCGAAGAAAGAUGACGGAAUUUGGCAACCUGGCACUUAUUGACCAAGAUGCUGGAGAAGAAAACGGUGUUGCAAUUCCAUUGCCAGGCGUCAAGAAAGGUGAUAUGAGUUCUCGCCACUUUAAACCUGAAAUCAGGGUGACUUCACUGCGUUUCUCUCCCACUGGGCGCUGCUGGGCAGCCACCAGCACGGAGGGGCUCCUCAUCUUCUCCCUGGAUGCCCAGAUGCUCUUCGACCCAUUUGAGCUGGACACUAGCGUCACUCCUGGACGUAUUCGUGAGGCUCUGCGACAACAAGAGUUCACCCGGGCCAUCCUCAUGGCCUUCCGGCUCAACGAGAGGAAGCUGACACAGGAGGCCCUGGAGGCUGUGCCGCCAGACGAGAUUGAAGUUGUCAGCACUUCUCUUCCUGAGGUUUAUGUAGAGAAAGUACUUGAGUUUCUAGCUUCCUCCUUUGAAGCCUCCCGACACCUGGAAUUCUACCUCAUCUGGACACAGAAGCUGCUUAUGACACACGGACAGAGGCUGAAGGCUAGGGCGGGGCAGCUGCUGCCUACAGUUCAGUUUCUUCAGAAGAGUCUGCAGCGACACCUGGACGAUGUGGCUAAGCUCUGUGACUGGAACCGCUACAACAUCCGGUAUGCUCUAGCAGUUUCCAAGCAGCGAGGCAUGAAACGCACCCUGGAGCCAUUGGGAACGGAGGAGGAGGAGGAGGAGGAGGAGGAGGCAGAAGCCUCUGAUGAGGACAGUCUGCACCUGCUUGGAGGAGCUGGCGAUGAAGAAGGAGGGAUGCUGGUGUAGAGCUGCCCAAUGGGUUCUGUUAAGACAGCCAAAGAGAACCAGUGGAGCCAUUGUACUGCCUGUACCGAGGAAGUGUGAGGGGUCCAGAGGGCUCUGAGGUGCCACCAUGAGGACUGGAGACCCGCCUUUCCUGUGAGUUGCACAUGCAGCCCAGCAGUGAGCCAACUGGUCAGUGCCACAUGGGUACAUGUGUGCAGCAGGCCCAGGAUGCUGGCAGUGUGGAUGCCUGUAAACAUUGCUUUUCCAAGAGGGAAACAGGCUCGCAUUUGUGGGCCUUGAACUUUGUGUGAGAGUUAUUUAUGUUUUUAAUAUGAAGCUCUAAGGAUGUACCUAGGGAUAAAACAUGGGAUUUUCUAAAACAUGAAAACUGAGUCUAAACUCUGAAUUAAAAAUGUUUAUAACAUA